GGCAUGACAACCCUGAUGAUGGGAUGAGAGGGAAGUCCUAACGAAUCUCCGACGAUGGGCGGCAGGAAAUGGAGGAUGGAGGCGAGAACUCUCUAAGACUUGUGGCAGGAGCUAACAUGUGCAGCAAAGAGAACAAGGUCAGGUUCGACCUGACAACUGACGAGAUCAAGUCUCUCUCCGAGGAGAUCAAGAGGAAGAUGACAGAGGUCGGAGACCAGGUCGUCAACGUGGAAGGGAGGAGGACUUUCGAGAACACCAUCGCUCCUCUUGCCAAGAUGGACCUCGAGCUGAGCCCGAUGUCCUCUAGCUGCGACUUUGCCAUGCACGUCUCGUCGGACGCCAAGAUCCGUGAAGCCUCGCAGGAGGCAGACGAGGACCUGCGCAAGUUCUCUGUGGACUUCUACAUGCGGGAGGACCUGUACAAGGCGGUAAUGGCGUACGAGGAGGAGAGGAGGAAGAGCGGGGAGAAGCUCGGGCAUGAGGCGCAGCGGUACGUGGACCGUCUAAUCCUCGACUUCAAGAGAGACGGUUUGCAUCUGGACCCUGCGAAGAGGGAGAGAAUCACGGAGUUGAAGAAGCAGCUGUCGGAGAAGGAGGUUCAGUUCCAGAAGAACCUCAACGAGGACACGGCAAAGCUCUCUUUCUCUCUCAGCGAGCUCGAGGGCCUGUCCGACGACUACCUGUCGAGCCUGGAGAGCGCGGAGGACGGGAAGAAGUUUGUUUCCCUCAAGUAUCCCGAGCUCUUCCCCGCGAUGAAGAAGUGCAAGGUGGAGGCGACCCGACGAGCCCUCGACAGCCUCCGCUCCGUCCAGUGCCAGGAAGUCAACACCCCCCUCCUCGAGGACGCCCUCCAGCUCCGGUCUGAGCUCGCAGAGCUGCUGGGCUACGAGUCGCAUGCCGCCUACAUCUUGGAGCUGCGCAUGGCGAAGACGACGGCGGCGGUGCAGGAGAUGUACGACAAGCUCAUCCCGCGGUUGAUCCCCCCAGCUAGGGAGGAGCUGGGGAAGCUGCUGAAGCUCAAGGAGGAGGAGAAGAAGGGAAGGAAGGAGGAGUUCGAUGGCAAGAUCAACUCGUGGGACUUCCAGUACUAUCACACGCUCCUGGCGGAGAAGGAGUUCUCGGUGAACGAGGACGUGAUUUGUGAAUACUUCCCUCUCAAUGUCGUCAAGCAAGGCCUCAUCGACGCGUACCAGCAGAUCCUUGGCUUGACCUUCACUCAGGUUGAAAACCCACAGAAGCUCUGGCACCCAGACGUCGAGAUGUUCGAGGUGAGUCUCGGCCUAUGA